AGUUGGUUUCUAAAAGGGAGUUAAGUUGUGCUUAGUAGCAACAGAUCACCUUAAUUAAACAGACUUUCUAGCUGUGAGAAUCUCCUUUAUAAUGAGCACAUAUACUGGGUUGCUGUGACAUCCUUACUGUAAAACCCUAAGCAGCAUUGUUUAAAAGUAAAAGUUUGCACGGCUGACAGGGUUUCUCUGCUAUGGCUCUGUGACAGCAGGAGGGGGCUGGGCUCUAAUCGUCAGUGCAGAGGCGGAUCCAGGAGAAGAGCUCACCUUUUGCUACUAGAAACACAAGGUGCUGCUGCCAUAGAAGAAUCACACAGUUCCCCUCUGCCUGUGAAGUGAGACUAUCACGGGGGGAACAGACACAGACAGAUUUCUCCUGCUAUUGCAUGACAAGGUGCUGAACCUCCACUGUCUCUGCUACUCCUCCAAAUACUGGCGCAGAGACACAGUGGAGGCAUCAGGGUUCUCCUAGAAUCAGCUCCUCGAGUGGAUAUUUAAGGCGUCCACAGCUCGGGUGUGAGGAGGAACCCACCAUGGACAGUGCGCACGCCAAGACCGUGUCCGAGGUGCUGCGCCACUUCGAGGUGAAUGAGAGCUGUGGGCUUAGUGCCGAACAGGUCAGGAGAAACCGAGAAAAGUAUGGACCAAACGAGCUGCCUGCUGAAGAAGGAAAAUCUCUAUGGGAACUGGUGGUGGAGCAAUUUGAAGACCUCUUAGUUCGUAUACUUCUGCUGGCGGCCUUUGUUUCAUUUAUUUUAGCCUGGUUUGAAGAAGGGGAGGAGACUACAACUGCUUUUGUGGAACCAAUAGUUAUUAUUAUGAUCCUUAUAUUAAAUGCCUUUGUGGGAGUCUGGCAGGAAAGAAAUGCAGAGAGUGCCAUUGAGGCUCUCAAGGAGUAUGAACCAGAGAUGGGGAAAGUGAUCCGUGGUGAUCGGAGUGGAGUACAACGUAUCAGGGCCAGAGACAUUGUCCCAGGAGACAUUGUGGAGAUUGCAGUUGGUGAUAAAGUACCGGCUGAUAUACGAAUUAUUGAGAUUCGAUCAACUACGCUACGUGUGGAUCAAUCUAUUCUGACAGGUGAAUCUGUGUCAGUAAUCAAGCAUACUGACCCCAUACCAGACCCAAGGGCUGUUAAUCAAGACAAGAAGAACAUGCUUUUUUCUGGCACUAAUAUUGCUGCUGGAAAAGCACUUGGAAUUGUAAUUGGAACUGGAGUUUUUACAGAAAUUGGAAAAAUCAGGAACCAGAUGGUUGAAACUGAGCCAGAGAGGACUCCAUUACAGCAGAAACUUGAUGAAUUUGGCCAGCAGUUAUCAAAAGUAAUUUCACUUGUCUGUGUGGCAGUCUGGGUCAUAAAUAUUGGCCACUUCAAUGAUCCAGUGCAUGGUGGCUCUUGGUUUCGUGGAGCUAUCUACUACUUUAAGAUUGCAGUGGCUUUGGCUGUAGCUGCUAUUCCAGAGGGACUUCCAGCUGUUAUUACUACUUGUCUAGCUCUUGGCACACGGCGCAUGGCGAAAAAGAAUGCCAUAGUGAGAAGCCUUCCCUCAGUAGAGACACUGGGCUGCACUUCAGUUAUUUGUUCUGACAAGACCGGCACUUUGACCACAAAUCAGAUGUCUGUGUCCAGGAUGUUUGUAGUUGAAAAGAUUGAAGGGAUGAAUUGCAGUCUCCACGAGUUCACCAUUACUGGAUCCACCUAUGCCCCUGAAGGUGAAAUAUUAAAAGAUAACAGGCCUGUUAAGUGUGGACAAUAUGACGGUCUAGUAGAAUUGGCAACAAUUUGUGCACUCUGCAACGAUUCUUCCCUGGACUUCAAUAUAUCAAAAGGAGUUUAUGAGAAAGUUGGAGAGGCAACUGAAACCGCUUUGACCAGCCUAGUUGAAAAAAUGAAUGUAUUUAAUACAGACCUGGAUAAUCUUACAAAGGUGGAGAAAGCAAAUGCCUGCAAUUCUGUAAUUAAGCAGCUCAUGAAGAAGGAGUGCACUCUGGAGUUCUCUCGAGAUCGCAAGUCUAUGUCCGUAUACUGUACCCCUAUUGGUUCCGCCUCAGCAGCUUCUGGCAACAAGAUGUUUGUUAAGGGAGCUCCAGAGAGUGUGAUUGAACGUUGCAACUACGUGCGUGUCGGUUCUGCAAAGCUUCCCCUGACUCCCUCUGCAAGAGAAAAGAUCAUGUCAACAAUUCGAGAUUGGGGAACUGGCAGUGAUACUCUGCGAUGCCUUGCACUAGCAACUCGCGAUGUUCCACAAAAAAUUGAAGAAAUGCAGCUAGAAGAUUCCACCAAAUUCAUCAACUAUGAGACAAAUUUGACAUUUGUUGGAUGUGUUGGGAUGCUGGAUCCUCCUCGGAAAGAAGUUACAGUUUCAAUCAACUUAUGCAAGGAAGCUGGCAUUAAAGUCAUAAUGAUAACAGGUGACAACAAAGGUACCGCUGUGGCUAUCUGCCGUAAGAUUGGAAUUUUUUCUAAUAGUGAAGACAUAACAGACAAAGCAUACACUGGAAGGGAGUUUGACGACUUAUCCCCCGAGAAACAACGUGAUGCUUGCCGUAGAGCUCGAUGCUUUGCCCGUGUGGAGCCAGCCCACAAGUCAAAGAUAGUGGAAUAUCUGCAAUCCCUCAAUGAAAUUACUGCCAUGACUGGUGAUGGAGUUAAUGAUGCUCCUGCUCUGAAGAAGGCAGAGAUAGGCAUAGCUAUGGGAUCUGGUACCGCAGUUGCAAAGUCAGCUGCUGAAAUGGUUCUUUCUGACGACAACUUCUCAACUAUUGUGUCUGCUGUAGAGGAAGGAAGAGCAAUUUACAACAACAUGAAGCAGUUCAUACGCUAUCUGAUCUCAUCUAAUGUUGGUGAAGUUGUCUGCAUCUUCCUGACGGCUAUUGUUGGCCUGCCAGAAGCCCUUAUCCCAGUUCAGCUUCUGUGGGUGAACCUUGUGACAGAUGGACUUCCUGCUACUGCUCUUGGUUUCAACCCACCAGACCUGGACAUCAUGGAGAAACCACCACGCAACCCAAGGGAACCUCUUAUUAGUGGAUGGCUCUUUUUUAGAUACCUUGCAAUUGGAGUUUAUGUAGGUCUUGCCACUGUGGGAGCUGCUACCUGGUGGUUUCUAUAUGACGAUGAAGGACCACAUUUAACCUUUUAUCAGCUGAGGAACUUCAUGAAGUGCUCCAGUGAUAACCCAUUGUUUGAGGGAGUUGAUUGUGAAGUGUUUGAGUCCCGUUACCCCACAACUAUGGCUCUCUCUGUGCUGGUUACCAUUGAAAUGUGCAAUGCCCUGAACAGUGUAUCUGAAAAUCAGUCUCUGCUAAGGAUGCCACCCUGGCUCAAUUUCUGGCUUCUUGGAGCCAUUGUUAUGUCUAUGGCACUACACUUUAUGAUCCUCUAUGUGAAGCCAAUGCCACUUGUUUUCCAAGUGACUCCAUUGACUUGGACACAGUGGGUGGUGGUUAUGAAGAUUUCAUUGCCGGUUAUCCUGCUUGAUGAAGGGCUGAAGUAUAUCUCUAGACAUUACCUAGAUGAUCUGCUGAGGUCAGUAGAACAAUCUUGGAAUGGGACAGCUCAGUUGAAAUCCUGCAGAAGUCAAGACCAGACUGGGGGAAGAGGAAACAAUUCACAACACUCGGACAACAACAUUUCUAAAUAAAGGGUCCUUAAGAUGCAAUUUAUACUGAAGUCUCCUGUUCAUUUGACCAUCUGAAGAGGGCAAUACUACCCGCAUGUCCCAACUACCAGACAAAUGCAGGAAAAAUCUGAGAAAAAAAAAUGAAAUUGUUGUUUUUAGCUUUUUUGUACAUAAAGGUGCAAUAACUGGACAGCUGAAUUAGUUGUUUGGGGACAUAAAAAUAUUUUAGUUGCCAUCUAGGGUUUAAUCCACAGACUCAUUUCAGGACCUGUCUUAGAAGUAAAAUUUGUCAGUAUAAACAUAAUCUAUAGAAGUUUCAGUCUCGUUGGUGUUAGCACAUGCAGGAUAUAUCCUGUUUGCUUAGCAAGUGUGCUGCUGUCACAGAGAUGGAAGCUUCCUGAUUAAAGUGCAUUGUCAUCAAUGUGUGCAGAUUCCAUAUUAAGUUUACAAAUAACUCUAAUAUGCUAUUACCAAAAGUUGGGCUCUCUUAUUUAAAUUGUCAUAUUCCUGUGUACUGCUUUGUAGACUUGACAAUAAUAAGCUGUGACUUUUGUCUUAUGGUUGAUAUGAACCUGGUAACAGAAGGAAAGGAAGUAUUUUACUUACUCUACAGUCCCUGAGAAUAUUUUUAGCCUAUAGGAAUAAUUCUGGUGGAGUCCAUUUUAGCAUUUCAAACUUCACAAACACUUUUUUUUUUCUUUUGUUUAUUGUCUACUGCAUAGCACCAGUUUUUUAUUCAGACAUUACAGUGUAAAUUUAUUUUAUUGUAUAGAUAAUGAAACACAGAAAGAUGCUAUCAAGCAUAAAUAUCAAUAUCAUGUAAAAUGAAUGGCAUUGCCUGGUGUGUCUCUCUCUCACACACACACACACAAUGAUUUGGUUUAAAGAGGAUAACGUUUUGGAAUUUCAUUAAUGAUAUCUUUGUCUUUUUACACAUUAAAAAAAUACAGGUGAACUGUGCAGUUUGGUUUGUUCAAUCUCAUGCCAAGAUUGUAUGUUACAGACUGCAUAGUACCUUCUCGGUAAUUGCUGGCAUUUAAAUUAUUAUAUCAAAUAUGUAAAAAGGACCCAAAGCCAUUUACUAUUUUACUAUCCCCCCUUGCUAAGGAAGGAAUGUCACCUUAUGGUGUAUUCAUAUAUUGCAUUAACUGUAUGGCUAUUUCAAUUUUGAAAACAUAUCCAUGUAGUUAUUUUUCUUUCCUUACUGUUUACAAAGAGCAAUGUAAUCCCUUGUAAUUUGUUACAAGAAGCAGUCUUAACAAUUAUAUAAAAGGGAAAAGAUAAACUGCUGUAUUUUCAAGCACACCGUCAGAGGCAUUUUAUUAUUGAAUAUUUCAAUGUACAUUGACUCAAGGAAAAAAAAAGCCCAGCAAACAUUAAAUGAGAAUUCCCCAUUUC